AUGGUGAGCACAGAAUUGAAAGACUGCCGCAUGGGGGUGGGAGGACAGGUAUGUUCCACCCCACACCAAGAGACCCUAAUUGUUGUUCAGCAGAAGAUCAAAGUCAAAGAGCAAAGAUUCCAGUAUGUACAGAAGGUUUUUCAACUGGAUGCAAUGGAAAGACCCCAUGAAUACAUGUACAUGGAUGAAGCUGGGUUUAAUCUCACCAAAAGGAGAAGGAGAGGCUAUAAUGUGAUUGGCCAUUGUUGGUGUUCCUGGGCAGCAUGGUGGCAAUGUCACAUUAUGUGCUGUCAUCGCCAAUCAUGGGGUUGUCCACCAUGCAAUCGUGGGGUUGUCUACCAUCAUGUCAACCUGGGGCCCUACAACAUUCACCAGCUCCUCAUUUUCCUCAAUCAAAUGCAAGAUGCUCUGUUAGGGCAGCAGGAUGAGCAUCCCAUCUAUGUUGCGGUUUGGGACAAUGUUUUCACAGAGCCCUCCAGGGGAAAUCUCCUGGAAGCCAUGGAACUUGCCUGUGGUGACAUAGGUUUGGAGGCAUGCCAUGCAUGGAUAUGGCAUGCCAGGGGUUUUUCCCCCGUUGUUCCCCCAGACAAAAUGUGGCCUGUGAUGGGGAUGAAGUCAUGUGGCCUGACCCAGUACGGAGACAUGAUGCUGUGGCUAAUCAAAGGCACUGAGAAGGAAGGCGGCCUGGGUGAAGUCGCGGUGGAACAGCAGAGCAUCCGGACGGGCCUCAACCCGGUGCAGAGUACGGACCUUAUUGUAUCACUGGAGUGUGUGUUGAGUGCAGUGGGUGAGCUUUUCCUUGACAUGUGUGCACUUGAAGCUUUGCAGUGCUGUGCCGUCUCUUUUGCUGUCUGUACUCGCCCUCAGGUCAGAGGAGCCCCUGCUGGAACGAGUGUAGGGAUUGACGCAGAGAAUUCUGACUCUGAGCAGGACAGUGAGCCAGAGGUGCCAGGAGAUGAAAUAGAGCCCCAACCAUCCACAUCAAGCACAAGAUAUGCUGUUCCUGAAGGACCCAAUGAUAUUUCAAGAUCCAGAGAUGAGGGUCCUGUACAGCCGUGUUUGAAAACAUUUCACAGAACUCAGCAUGGUACAAGGAAAAGGGCUUUCAACAGCUCCUGGUAUAAGGACAAUUUAUGGCUUGAAUAUUCUUCAGGUUUUUCUAACUGGAAAAAGGCACUGUUUAAGGAUUCUGGGUUUAAGCUUCAUUCAAAGGCAGAGCAUCACAUCAAUGCCAUGUAUGCUUGGAAUCAGUAUAAAAAGUCUAUUGACAGCAACUCAUCAAUGCUAGAUGUCAUAAAUCAGGACCGUAAAAAGAAAGUGGAGGAAAACUGUGCUUACAUAAAAACCAUUGCAGGUGUGCUACUAUUAACUGCCACUCAAAAUAUAGCACAGAGAGGUCAUAGAGAGUCUGACGACUCUCAAAACAAGGGCAAUUUUUUGGCAAUCUUAGAAGAAAUAGCAAAACAUGACCCUAUCAUAGAUAAAAGGAUGAAUGCAUGUGGUAAUGCAAAGUAUACAAGCCACCAAAUCCAGAAUGAAAUUCUUGAGGUCUUGGCUGAAAUGGUACAAAGAGAAAUAAUAAGAGAAGUAAAAGAUAGUGAAGUUUUUAGUGUAAUUGUAGACGAAACCAAAGAUUUGAAAAAAAAAGAACAGUUGUCUUUAGUCUUGAGGUACUACUACAAUGGGGCCAUCAACGAAAGCUUUUUACACUUUCAGUCAGCUGAAAGCCUAGAUGCAGCAGGUCUCACAAAAAUGAUAAUAGAUUGCCUUGAAAAACAUGGUCUGGACUACAAAAAUAAUCUUGUGGGGCAAGGCUAUGACGGUGCAUCUGUCAUGAGCGGAAAGCAUUCUGGUGUGUCUGCGAGAAUUAAAAACAAUGCAAGAUUUGCAUUUUAUGUGCACUGCAAUGCACAUUGUUUAAAUUUGGUUCUUGUAGAUUCUGUAAAAUCAGUGCCUGAGGCAGUUAACUUCUUUGCUCUCGUGCAGAAGCUUUAUAAUUUUGUGUCUGGCUCGUAUGUUCAUAUCCGGUGGCUUGCAGUUCAGAAAGAGCUGUAUCCACAACAGCAGCCGAGGGAACUGCAGAGACUUACAGAUGUAAGAUGGGCAUGCAGAUACUUGGCAUGCCGCAAUCUGAGAGACAGGCUUCCAGCAGUUCUGAGAGUGAUACAGGAUAUAGCAUCUGAAAAUAGUGGUGAUAGAUCAGUGGAGGCAAGGGGAAUUCUUUCUCAGAUUGAUUUACAGUUCAUAGGGCUUUUGGUUAUCUUUUGUAAAAUUCUUGGUGAUGCAAAAUGUCUUUCUGACAUGCUCCAAUCAAGCUCUCUUGAUCUAGCAAGAGCUGUGGAACUAGUUGGUGCCCUAAAAGACACAUUACAGGACUACAGAAAUGAGGGUUUUUUUAGGGAACUGUGGAGAGAGGUUCAAGAGAUUGCAGAACACUGCAAAAUAAGCAUACAAACAGUGUGUAAAAGACAACCUAAAACAAGCUUAAGAUUUCAUGAUUCAUUGAUGAUGAGCUCUGUAGGACAAAGAAACAGUGACCAUAGUGAUGGUGAGAGCUUCCAAAGAGCUAUCUUUUAUCAAGUGCUUGACAGUCUCACAGCUGAGCUGCAGCGGCGUUUUUCAGAGAAGAACUGUGAGCUAAUGCAAGGCAUCCAGUCUCUCGACCCAAAGAGUACAACAUUCUUAAACAAGGAGCCUUUGUUUGCCUUUGCUCAGAGCUUUGAGUCAAAUUUGGAGGACCUCAAACAUGAGGUUCAUCAAACUAAGCGACUUUUGGAUAGGAGAGAAAAAAGUGGAAGGGAUAGACCAUCUAAUCUCCUUGAAUUUGUUGUGUUCCUAGAACCUUAUAAAGAGGUCUUCCAUGAGCUAUUUCGGCUUUGUAAGAUUUCUGUUGUCACACCAGUGAGCAGUGCUUCCUGUGAGAGAAGCUUCUCAGCUUUAAAACUGAGUAAAACUCACCUUAGGACAACAAUGCUUGAUGACAGGUUAAGUCAACUUGGAAUCCUUAGUGUUGAGUCAAGGAGGGCACGCUCUCUCAACAUGGAUGAGUUUGUAAAACAUUUUGCACAGUCUCACCAGAACCGCAGAAUUAUGCUUUUUUAAAUCUAACUGGGAUUUGUAUUUAUGUUUGUA